AUGGCAAAAACUAAGGGUUCUUCCAAGAAGCAGCAAAAGCGCGCAAUUGUUCUUCCGGAACAGAGCGUGGCAUCGGAGAAAGCGGGUUUAGCUGUGGACAAGAAAGACUUGACUUUGAAAGAGCUUCUUCAACACACGUCCCAUCAGAAUGCCAUAGUCCGUAAAGAAAAACUACGUGAACGGAUAAGUGAUGAUGAUAAAACUGUUCGAGAAAACCUAUACCAACUUCUUAAGUCAGUGAUUUUAGCAGGCUACAAAGAGGAUAAUCAAGGACCUGCCACUUCGUUAAUGAUGGCCUAUAUUUUUAAUGCAAUGAUGCAUUUAGCAAUUGACGUUCGGCUUAUGGCGUUCAAAUUUUUUGAUCACGCUGUUCAGUAUCAUCCACCUUUAUUUUUCUCGUAUGCUGAAAAGUGGAAUGUGAAUAAGGGUCCAAAUCCUGACCAUAAUGUUGUUCGAAACAAAACUGCAAUGGAGGGAUUUUCAUGUGGCACGAUACUUCAAAAUUAUAAAGAUAUUCUAUGGAAGAACCAAUUCUAUUUAGAAGACAAAGGCAAGCUGAAAAAUACUCUUGCUGAAUAUUCUGUCAUCAUCAAGAAGCUGAAAGAUAUUGUACCAGUUUUAGUUAGUUGCUUCCAAGAUUUUCUCCCAAUACUUCAUGACUCACUAGAUGCACAAUCAUUUGAUUGCAUGCUUAACAUACUUCGGAGCACAGACAUUGGAGUCUCGUUCUUUAUCCAUGGGGUUCUGCAAGGCCAUCCUAAAUCACAACCUCUUGAUCAAAGUUUCUCAUCGGUACUGUUGAAGAAGUUGCUAGUUGUGUUUCCCCUCAGUCCAAUACAUUGCAUUUUAGAAAAGGAUGAUGACAAAUAUGUUAUCUUGAACAUUGUAAUUACAGAAAUAUUCAUGCACUUAAGUGAAUGGAUCUGUCCACUUGCUGACUUAUUAGAAGAAUUUCUGACAUUUGUAGAGUAUAUGUUGCUUGUAAAGAGCUGCAGUUGCAUGCGAUCUGGCAAAGCAAUUCGAGAAAAGCAGAUAUCGACACUGAUUCCUUUUAUCCCAAAACAUGUGUCACAGGCAUUUACAAAGACAUUCCAGGAUUGCAGUCCAGAGUCAUCAGUAAAAUUGGCUUGCCUUGCUGCCAUUGAAGAAAUGAUCAUUUCUAGAGAAGAUCUACUGUGCACAGAUGUCAGUGAUUCAGAACUAUUUGACUAUCAGAUUACUUGGAUAAGAGAGCUGCCUACGUUGCUUGUUGUGCUGCAUCUUCUACUUCGCCUGGGGCAAUGUUCAUUGUUAUAUGACGAAAUGCAAUGCUUACUGAAAGAGUUCUACAGCACAUAUCAAGAUGAAGGGAACAUAUGUUAUGGUCCUUUCUUAAGGCUUGACAGGGAUUCUCAAGAACUCUCUAUCUGUUGUCUUGAUUAUUUUUCUCAACUGGAUUCAACUUUGCUGAAGUCAAUUGCUUCUUGCUGCUUGUGUCAUGAGUUGGAUCCAUUUAUGUUAUUCUGGAUCAUAGAGGUUUUGCAUUCAGCGUUCAAAGCUGGCCAUGUUCAGAUUUCUGACCACAUUAGCUUUUUCAUCACUUUGGUUUCACGUUUUAAAGAAAAUAUUUUUCCUGCAAUAGAGAACAACAUGGAGACUUCAAAUCGUGGAACUUUUAAAUCACUAACCAAUAUUGUUUGCUCAUGCCUGUCACAGAUGGGUGACAAUUCUAUUGUUUUUGCAAUGCCAGAGAAAGUAAUACUAGAGCAGAUGUCAUUAGAACCACCUCUGGACAAUUGUUGUGCUAUGCUCAGAAUGCUUAUUGCGCUGGACACUAAGCCAACAAGACUUUCCGAACGAAGUAUUUGCUCUUUAAGUAAUGUCCUUUCAGCAUAUCUCAUUGAUGUUGCACAUUGUGUUCCAGAAGAUGUUGAUGAAAGCACGGGCUCCCUUCAUGAACAGACUGUUAAAGUCAAACAACCCAUGUCUGAUGUUUUAAAAAAUAAAUCUGAAGUUAAGCUUCAAAGGAAUGCAUUGAGCGUGCUGGAACAUCCUACAGGGAAUGAAGUGGAUGAUGAUAACGAUUUUGAUACGAGCAGUGGCUCUGACAUUGGUGAACAUGAUUUCUACAAGGGUAGCGAUUCAUCACUUCUACCUGGUUAUCAUAUCCGUUAUGCCAAGGGGAACUCGAGUAGGAUAAAAGCCAUUGUUUCUGUCCUACUAUGGAUGCAAAGGGAUGCUAAGGUUCAGCAAAUUCUCUAUUCAUAUAAGGAAGAGAUUGACCAUAUUUCACGAAGCAUAUGCUCUUUACAGAUCGAUCAACAAAGGAAGGAAAAGAGCGCAUCAUUUGAAGGGUAG